AUGUCAACAACAUCGACCACGACCACCCAAAUAGGUGAUUCACCCUCUACACCACCCAAGACCAACGGUCUAGUAUCGGAUAAGCCCGUAUCGUCCUUCACACUGAAAAAAAGACCUUGGAGACCUUAUGUAACUCCCUUCGAAGAUAUACUAGCUAGAAAAUACCCUGGGAGCGGAACCAACGAAGAUCCCCAUAUAGUCGAUUGGUUACCGAAAGAUAAAGAGGAUCCUCAAAAUUGGCCAGCCGUAUAUAAAUGGACCUGUAUAGCGAUCGUAUCGUGGUUGACUUUGGCUGUAGCGCUUUCAUCCUCAGCUUAUACUGGUGGUGCUCAGGAUAUUGUGGUCGAGUUUGGAGCUAGUUUGGAAUUGGUCAUUGCCGGUGUAUCGUUGUUUGUUGUUGGCUUCGCAUUCGGACCAUUAUUCUGGGCUCCCUUCUCCGAAGUCUUCGGUCGACGAGUCGCGUACAUCUUCUCCUACUUCUUCCUUACCGUUUGGUCCGGUGCCGCAGCUGGAUCACCCAAUAUCGGUUCUCUCCUUGUAUUCCGAUUCCUCGCUGGUUUAUUCGGUUCUUCUCCCCUGGCCAAUGCUGGAGGAACCAUCUCGGAUGUUUUGGAUGCCAAUCAAAGAGGUCUGGGUAUGGCCCUUUUCUCAGCUGCUCCUUUCCUCGGUCCAUCCCUUGGUCCAAUCACAGGUGGUUUCCUAGGUUUGAAAGCUGGUUGGAGAUGGGUAGAAGGAUACCUUGCGAUCUUCGUGGGAGUCAUGCUGAUCAUUGUCGCUAUCUGGGGUUCGGAGACCUACGCUCCGCUCUUGUUGAGACGUCGAGCCAAUACUUUGUCCAAGGCUACUGGAAAAGUAUAUAGGUUCAGAGGUGAUGCCAAGAAACCUCUCCAGGUCGGUCCGCUGUUUGUCACUUCGUUAAUUAGACCAUGGAAGUUCUUGUGGUACGAACCUAUUGUAUCUAUCUUGACUGUCUAUACCGCUCUCAUCUACGGUAUCUUAUAUCUCAACUUCGCUGCCUACCCUAUUGUUUUCCAACAAGGUCACGGAUGGAAUGUCGGCAUCGGUGGUCUUGCCUUCCUCGGUAUCUUGGUCGGUACCCUCGUAUCAGUCUUGCUUUCCAUCGUAUAUGUCAAUCCACAAUAUAUCAAAGUUGCCAAGAAGAAAGGUGGAAGAGCCGAUCCCGAAGAUCGAUUACCCCCGGCCAUCUGGGGUGGUAUUCUGUUGGUCAUUGGUCUAGCUGGAUUUGCUGCCACCGACGGACCUGACGUUCACUGGAUCGCACCCAUCAUCUUUGGUGUGCCAUUCGGUACGGGUAUCAUCAUUGUUUUCUUGGCUGUGUUGGCUUACUUGGUAGAUAGUUAUACUAUUUACGCGGCUUCGGUACUCGCUGCCAACUCAGUCCUUCGAUCACUUUUCGGUGCCGCUUUCCCCUUAUUCACUCGACAAAUGUUCGCCAAACUCGGUGUUCAUUGGGGUGUUGCCCUUCCCGGAUUCUUAUCUCUCGCUUGUAUUCCUUUCACAGUACUGUUCUACAAGUACGGUGCCAAAAUCAGGGCGAAAUGCAAGUACGCUGCUGAUGCCGAGAGGACGAUGGCUAUGAUCAUGGCUUCUAGGAUGGCUCAGGCGAAACAAGAUGAUGAAGAGGCCAAUAUCAACGGUGAACCUAAACCAGAAGGUCAAGCAGAAGGGGAAACAGUUGAGGCCCAACCUGCUGAGCAACAAGGUGGAUUGUCGAAAGUUGAAUCUCACGCUGCUGAACAUGCUUCUGCUUCUGCGGGUACCCCCAUCAACAGGAUCCCAUCGCAUGUACCUCCUCAUAUGCACCAUGAGUGGACUACUUAUGAGGCUUUGGCCGAUAGAGAUGAAGUUGAUUUAGAGGAUGAUGAAAGGAUAAGAUUGGAGGAGUUACAUAAGAAAUUCCAUUAUGUGAAAGCUACUAAAGCGAGUGAAGGCGAGAACCAGGCGGGAACUCAAGCUUGA